CCGAUGAACGGUAGAGUGUAGCUGACGGGGGGGACGUCGAUUUUCCGUUACACUUGGCGGACGCGUCGCGACGCAUCACGCACGGUUUGGCACGGUGCGAACACAUGUGUGCCGUCGUACACAGAUAGAGAGUGAAGGAUGCUGGGGCAGUAUCGUCCCACGUGCGUUUCGCCAUUCGUUACCACAGUGACUAAUCCGCCGACGCACGAAAGUCGUCGUCGUUUGGCUGUCUCGGGCGUAGAUCCGAGUUGGCUCUGCUCUGAUGGUGAUCUGUUUUCGGUGCUUGGGGUGUUUAUUUCGAAACGUCGCAACUGGUGAGCGGAAGUGCAAGAAAAGUGAUGAGUGAAGCGAACCAGCCGCCCAGUUCGGCCCUGAAGUGAAUCGUGAAAUGGAAGUGUAGGGUGGCGCCCAAUCAAGAGUUCAAAAGUUCAAAAAUCUCGCUGAUCUUGACGCGGCGCGACGCGUCAAUAUUUGUUAGUGAAGCCGGUGCGCGAAGACGAAGACGAAGAUUUGCGCGAGGCGAGAUCAUCCAAGCAGUCGGUGUAUUGUUCGAUCGCGCCUCAACUCAGAAUAUCACAUAAAAAUCGGAAUCGCGCAGCUGACUGGGGACGUGAGUGAGCGAGAGAACGUGAGCAGGAGAGUGAGGCGGACAAAAAUGGCAACGAUAAAUGACCCUGGACCCGUUGCCAGUGGCGGCAGCAGAAUCAGCAUCAGCGGUGGAAGUGAUGACGGUAGUAGUGGUAUUAGUAGUAGCAAUCGAAGCGAAGGCGGUAGUAGAUUCAGCCGAUUCAAUGCCAAAUGGCACCUGUUCCUGUCGGGAGCUCUAUUGUUCCUGAUUGGGUGGAUUUCGGUGCCGCCGGUGCAGGGAUUCAACGUGGACACCGUGAACUACGUCCUGCACGAAGGAGCUCCCAAUUCGAUGUUCGGGUUCAGCGUGGUUUUGCACCAGGAACAGCAGCGAAGCUGGGUCAUAGUAGGCGCACCCACGGCCGAUACUUCAACCUACCAGGAGAACGUCAUCAACGGAGGCGCUGUCUUCCGGUGUGACAUCGCCGAUGACAACCGCUGCAAUCUGAUCCCGUUCGAUACCAAAGGCAACACGUUCAACGACAAACGCGAGCAGGUUGACACCAAAUCGAACCAAUGGUUCGGCGCAACAGUGGCCAGUGCCGGCGUGGAUGGACCUCUGGUGGCCUGUGCCCCGCGGUAUGUGUUCCAUCAGCUGCAGCCCCGGAAGGUGGAGCGGGUCGAGCCGGUGGGGACGUGUUACAUCGCCCGGAACAAUAUGCAGCAGUUUGACGAAUAUUCGCCUUGCCGGACAAUGUACUGGGGUUAUCACCGGCAAGGAUCAUGUCAAGCGGGUUUCAGUGCCUCCCUGACUAAGACUGGCGAUCGAGUGUUUGUGGGUGCCCCCGGAAGCUACUACUGGCAAGGACAAGUGUAUUCCAUUAAUACCGAAGCUGCGUUCCCCUAUAAACCCCCGCGAUAUGGUCAGUUUGGCGAAGGAGGUCAGAUCUAUUCGUUCAGUUUGAACAACCCGCGGGACAAGGUUUACUCGACCGGGGAAAGCACUUCGUCGGAGGACGACUCCUACUUGGGGUAUUCGUCGGCCACUGGGGACUUCAACGGCGACGGAACGAUGGGCGUAGCGGUGGGAAUGCCCCGCGGCGGUGGACUGCUCGGCAAGGUGCUGAUCUUCUCGUGGAACAUGACUAACCAGCAGAACAUCACCGGCGAACAGAUCGGGGCGUACUUCGGGUACGCGAUCGCAGUGGUUGACGUGGAUGGGGACAAGCUGGACGAUCUGAUCGUGGGAGCUCCGAUGUACACGGAGCCGAACAACGAGGGCAAGUACGAGACGGGACGGGUAUACAUCAUCUACCAGGACAAGAUCAACAAGUUCCAGGAGGUGGAGACCCGGGACGGGGUGAACUCCAAGGCAAGGUUCGGGCUGUCGGUGUGCUCGUUGGGCGAUAUCAAUUUGGAUGGGUAUGGAGACUUCGCGGUCGGUGCGCCGUACGAUGGGCCGCACGGCAGGGGAGCUGUCUACGUUUAUCACGGUUCGUCGAAUGGUCCGCUGGCGAAGCCGUCGCAGGUGAUCAUGGCGGAGGACAUCUCCGGGGCGUCGCGGAUAUCCACGUUUGGGUUCUCGGUAGCUGGCGGAAUCGAUCUGGACGGAAAUCAGUACCCGGAUAUGGUCGUUGGGGCGUACGAUUCGGACAAGGCCUUGGUGUUCAAGUCUCGGCCGGUGGCCGUGAUGGAAGCGAGUACGUUGUUUGAGACGGAGAACAAGUUGAUCUCGCUGGAGGAUCGCAACUGUACGCUGCGCGAUCGCAAGCAGGUUCCGUGCACGGUUGUGAAUUCGUGUAUGAAGUAUAAUGGGAUCAAUGUUCCUCCUACCUUGGAUAUUGAAGUGUCCUGGGUGCUGGACUCGAAGAAGUCUCGCAAUCCUCGGAUGUUCUUCUUGAACGAAGAAGGUAGGAAUAUCCGGAACCAGUCGAUCAGGCUGUACCGCGGAAAGCUGGAAUGUAAGAGCGAGCGAGUUUACAUUGCGGAGAAUAUCCGGGACAAGAUCACUCCGCUUGAGGUAGAAAUGAAGUACAACCUUCGACAGAGCAGCUACAGUCAGCAGAGACGACGACGAGCUACCGUUGAGCCGGUUCUGGAUCAGAACAAGGGAACAGUUCAGAAGGAUUCGAUCAACAUCCAGAAGAACUGCGGUCCGGACAAUGUCUGCAUACCGGAUCUUCGCCUGCAAGUCAACAUGGUCGACGAGUACCUGCUGGGAUCUGGUAAGCAUCUUGGUAUUGACGUCCUCAUCUCGAAUUUCGGCGAAGACGCCUUUGAAGCUGGUUUUUAUAUGAGCAUCCCUUCGGAACUGAACUUCCGACGCGUUGAGAAGGUGGGUGAAAUCAAAGAUACGCCGAUCCUUUGUACGACUCCUCCCGGAGCCACCAACGGAACUCUGAAGUGCGACAUCGGCAAUCCUCUGUCCAGCGGAAAGGUCGUCAACUUCAAAGUACUGCUCUCACCAUCGAUCAAGGUCGGCAUGGCCCCGAGCUACGAUUUCUACAUGGAGGCCAACUCCACGAACCCCGAGAUCGACGGAUCGCACGCUGACAACAUUUUUGAGAAGAGCGUCGGCAUUACCAUCAAGACGGACCUGUCGAUCUCCGGAGUCUCGCUCCCGGAAGAGUUUAUCUACAACUACACCGAGUACAGAACGAUCGAGGAGGCUGAGACCGAGCACCAUCUGGGUCCGCACGUGGUUCACAUCUACGAAAUCCGUAACGAAGGCCCCUCGACCAUCGACGAGGCUGAGUUCUACGUCCUGUGGCCGUACGAAUCGAACGAGGGUGAAGCGUUGAUGUACCUUUUGGUACCGCCGGAAACCAGCGGCAACAUCAAGUGUCAACCGAGCAGUUAUAUCAACCCGCGGGACUUGGCCAUUGAGAAUCCUCGAAGGAGCUACCUGGAGAAGGUCGGAGCGUCCGCUAGUCAUCACGAGUCGGCAUCGAGGACGGAAUAUCGCGCUUCUGGGGCGUCGAGCGGAGGAGCUGUUUCCGGGGUGCAUCGCCAAACUACGUAUACAAGUUCAAAUUCUGGGUCGGGUACGGGAGUUGGAGCUGGUUCAGGAUACCGGACGAGUUCGAGUUCAAGUUCAAGUUCAAGUUCUAGUUCAAGCACUGGCUCAUCAAUUUCCUCGCGAGGUGGAGCAGCGGCAGCUGCAGGCGGACACCGAGAAGUGGUCCUAACCGACACAGAGCGACGCCAGCUGGAUGAGGAAGAGAACCAGGAAUCGACGGGAGAUGCCUCGUACGUCCACCGUCAGCGAGCGGAAAGCGCCUCGGCUCAAGCUCAUUCGCAGUAUGCCGCCGGAGGAGCCGAAUCAGCCGCCACUGGACAACGUUACGGAAGUCGUGGAAGCAGUGGAGGAUCCUCACGGGAGUAUUCCUACUCGAGCAGUUGGAAUUCGUCCAGCGUUGAUGGAGGACCAGCCGUGACCUACAGCGCCAGUCGCAAUCGGACGGUGUACCGCGGACAGGACGGACGUGUCCACGUUUCCGAGACUAGCACCGAGCAUUACGGGAAAUCGGUGGCGGCGUUCGCAGGGGUUGGAGCAGGAGCAGCCGUCGAUGGACAAGUUCUGCACAAGGAGGACUUCAGCGAUCUCUACCGACAGGAGGAGGCCAGUAGGAGUUCGUCUGCCGCUUCGGGAAGUGGCUCUUCGUACCGAACCGGAUCUGGAGGAUACCGGCAAAACGCAAACAUUGACGCAGCACGAUCUGGUUCAUCGUCUUCGCAUGUCAGCGGUUCAUCUUCGCAUGCCAGCGGAUCUUCUUCCGGUUACGGCAGUGGCAUCUACAAGAGCGAAUCGGGUCGCACCGAAGACGUGAGUCAGGACAUUUCCAGCCUGAGCUCACGAACGCACGCUGCAACCCACGGAGCAAGUGAGUCCAGCGUUGCGGGAGCUUCCACAAGCGGUAGACGCCGCAUGCACAGCCAACAGGACGGCGAACCUGCUCGGCCCGAUCUGGUAACCGGCAUUUCAACGAUCGAACGCAUUGCCCAAGGUCGAGGAGGUUACCAGACAGCCACUCUGGACCUUGGAACGCUCAACCGCCAGAACGUCGACGAAGAAGUUCGAAGGACCAGCGGUGGAAGGAUAUCCGGAUCCGCAGGAUCUGGCUACGAGUCGCACAGCAGUUCCGGACACUACGGACACGAACAGGGAGGUUCUUCUGCGUCAACUACCGCAACCGGAGGUUCAUCCUCAUCUUCUUCGUCGAGUCGAACGUACUCAAGUUCUUCGCAUAGCUCUUCCGGGUCGAGCCACCACAGUCAACAGAGUGGAGGAAGUCAGCACGGCCAAGCCUACACGCACAACCAGCAGAGCGCAGCCUACGGAGAAGACGGAGACGACUACGUGGACGAGUACGACGAAUACUACGAACAUAACACGCAGAAAAACUACGAUUCUAACUACCGCCUUCACACCAGUGGCCACCUGAACCAGGGUCACGACAGCGUGGACCAGAAGUUCAAGCACUACCAGCACUUCGACCGUCGCCAGCGGCGGCAAGUCAUCGACGGAGACGACGAGAACGAUCGAGCCCUCAACGAAGCGCUCCAAUGUCGGGCCACACGCUGUGCCAUCAUCCGGUGUAUGGCCGGCCCGAUCGGGGACAAAGACGUGGCCUUCAUAGCGUUGCGAUCGCGAGUGGUAGCCCACACACUGCACAAGAUCUCCUCCGGAACGGCGAUCAACUUCUCCACGAUGACGGUGGCCCGGGUUACGAGGUUGCCCUACAUCGGCCGACCGAAGGAGAUGCCCCUGAAGACGCACGAGAUUUCGGUGAUGGCCACGCCGGAACCGACGCCCAAGCCGGACGUCGUGCCGCUGUGGAUCGUGGUGCUGGCGGCCUGCGCCGGAACGGUGAUCCUGCUGCUGUUGAUCUACCUGCUGUCGAAGUGUGGUUUCUUCAACCGAAAUCGACCAUCCGACUCGCAGGAACGACAACCGCUGAAUCGCAACGGCAACUACCACGGUGAUGAGCACCUAUAAACCAUCGGAAGGAAAUAGAUUUCUUUUUUUCAAAUUUGGAAUGACAAAUACGAGAAAUCGUAGAACGACAGCAGCUAAUCAAACGCUUAAAUAUUUAACGCGACAGCUAGAGCAAAACCAGAGCGAUCAUACUGUAGAACAGUAGGCGCUGGUUUGCUCCGAUGCAACACAUGAGAUUAAGUGGGGGAGCAGUGUUGCCAGAGUAUUGUGCUGUCAUCUUUCGACGACGGUCGAACAAAAAGAGCUUCGAACUGUAGAAUUGAGAAUGCGAUAUCGAGAUCCGCUUCGGCGUGUAGGUAACUUUUCCUCCUUUUCUUAGAAAACUUCGACUAUUUGACAUCGAAGUCUGCCAUUAGAGGGAAGAGAACAGAGACAGUAUAGCGUGUUUAGUAGCAAUGUAGAUCAAAGGUAUUUAAUUAUCGUUUUGUUUUCGCUGCGAUCGGUGGGAAACAUUUAAUCGGGUUGCUGCGAUUUUGGUCCGGAAAUUUUAGCUGGCAGUGUUGCCAAAAACGACGAAUCUCUGACACGCGGCAGCCCACUUUCUUCGUAAGGUGUAAAACUAACUAGUCAAUUUGAUUGAUUUACUCUAUUUUUUUAACUCACCGUUUUGUAUUUGUCCCCGCUGACUAUAGAGUUUAGAGAAAGUAAUACGAUUAAUCUCAAUUUACAUAUAUUAGUAGUGCAAUCAGAAGCAAAAUGACAAACCAAGUUGGAUCCAAGUUGCAACCGCCAUUAAGAGCAAUAUUACUUACAUUUUAACGUGGAAUCGACUAUUUAAGGCGAACUAAUAUCUCAGCUUUUUGGAUGUUUGGCACGUUCGGUAAUGGCGAUCCUUGAAUGGUUUGUCAUGGACUGCUUGGAUCGCCAUUACCGAGCGCGCGCACAGUAGGCCCCGUUUCGAAUUCUAGGUUAGGUUGUGACCUUGGCGCAGGGCGAACCACCCUUCGCCACGGUAGUUAUUUAUUGUGUAGAAUUAUAAUAACCGUUAGGAGAAGCAGAAUAUAUGUAUCUUUUUCCAUAAGUGACAGCAAGUGCCUAAAACUGUUUGUGAACUUUUUAACGUGAUCGGAAAGGGAAACAUUUUAUGAGGUUGGAUGAAUUUCGGUGCCAUGGCCAGAGUGAAGUAGUUGAAACUGUUGAUGUUUCGUUGAGUUUGAAGGGGUCAUUUUCUGGCUGGAACUACGACAAGAUUUGUACAGUAAGCUCCGAAACUGUAAAUUAUUUACUUAAACAUAGGGGAAACCAUAUUUUUAGAGCAAUGUAUUUUUAACGAGCCAUUUUUCUUUCCGCGAGUUUAGAUUUUAGUUUUUUUUCUUUAUCGCCUAUGAAUCUCUCCUUCCUUUGCCCUAUCUCCAGCGUAACCCCGUAAUGAUCUUCGUCGUUGAAUGUGUAAAUAUUAAUUAUUUCUUUGUGAAAGCGAAAAAACUCGAAUGAAUGAACGAAAAUAAAUCAAAAUAACACCCGUA